ACUCUUUCCGCCUGUGCUCCCCUCCCAGCUGCACCUUCUGUUCAGCAGCAUGGUGCUUCUUUCCCCCCUCCCUGUUGUCCUGGAGCCAAAGGAGACUAAUUUAGCUCCCAUAAUCUCCCUCUGCCAUGAGCCAGUGCUGUUGCUUUGAUAAAACUUUGUCCCGUUCCCUGAACUCUCUCCAACUCUUGGUUAUCUUCCCCCUGAAACGUCAGCGAGGCCAAGCAGGACAUCUUCUGGAGGGUAGUUGCAAGGGACAGAAAUGGACCUGUGGAUCAUUCUUCCUUUCUGUGGGAUCUUGAUAGGCUCUACAGUUGCAGAACCUCCACCACCCAAAGACCAGCCCCAUGACCCCUUCAAUUACGAUUAUGAAUCGCUGAGAAUCGGGGGCUUGGUUUUUGCAGUUGUGCUGUUCCUGCUUGGCAUUCUCAUUAUCCUGAGUCGGCGUUGCCGGUGCAAGUUCAACCAGCAACAAAGGACGGGUGAACCUGAUGAGGAGGAGGGGGCCCUACGCAGCUCAAUCCGACGUUUAUCUACCAGGAUGAGAUAGAAGGAGCCUAGGAAUGGCUACUCCCAGCGCAUUCUUCUUCCUGGACCCAGAGUGUUCUCUUCCCUGCACUGCAUUGCACAGCCUUAUCCUCUGCUCCCCGCAAUGCUUCCAUCUUUUCCACCGAACCUAGAAAAAUCUAGGCCUGAUGCCUCCAUCCUAAUGUCGCCUAUAAGCUCCCUUUCCCCAUCCCCACGUCUUAAACUGCUGCUCCUAUGCCACUUUCUUUCAUGGAGAGAGGAUUAUGGGACAGCCAUGUCGAUUAAGCGUAGUCCUAGGCAAUGGGCAACGUUCAAGAAAGUUAUUUUGGGGAAUAUAAUUUCCAGAGACCUUCAGUGGGUAUUGUAGUUCAAACAGUGAACCUUUCCAAGCUAAAAUCUGCAUUCUUACACUAUUGUUAUGUUUGAUGGACCUUCCUAAGACCAGCGGAGGAAGGCAAACAUUUUUCAUGCCUACCUGAGGUCUGUAGGUGGGCUGAGAACCAACUGUCCUAUUCUGUCACAAGGUAUCACAAGAAAAUACAAAUAGUAUUUGUGCUCUUUUGGUGUAUGCCUUGUUGUAGAUGGAGUUACCUAGAGAAGCAAACAGCACACCCAACGUCAGGUGUUAACUUCAUUUACUUCCAGCAGUCCAUGCUGGUUUGAGGACAAGAAGAUAACUAAGAAUCAGCUGCCCAGAUGACCAUAGCACUAUACAUGGGGACAUGUAUCACCAAAGCACAUGGAAAGCCACUUCUGUGUAGUGGCUCUCCUGUAUCAUGACACAAAGUCCCUUUCUCUCUCUAGGCCAAUGGAGCAACAAUGAAAGGAUUUGAUCUGGCCUACCAAAACAUGUAUAAAAGAGCAGGCUUGGAGAGAAGAUGGUAGCACAUAAUGAUUUUUUUAAAGUGAUGAUAAAUAAUGCAGUCCUAACUCGCCAGUCAUGAUUUUGCAUUUCCCUCCAGGCCUGUUUCUUGUUUUUAGCAGCUGGCAUCAGGUCUACAGUGAGAAAUGAUCAUCUUGUACUUGUCUGCUGGCGUCUGGGAUUGCAGCCUUGCCAAAAAAAUGCCUCCCCCCAUUUAGUGUCCUCCAAGGGUGCUACUCCCUUAAAAGGAGUGAUGUGGGAUGUGGUCCCAUACUUGGAAAAUACAAUAUUAGCGAAGGCUAGUCCCCUUAUUCUAAAAUAAAUAAAUAAUGGAUAGCUGGGAGGGUGGAAAAGGUGCAACUCCAGUUUUGUAGCUUCUUUCCUGUCCAUUACUUCCUUUGUCAGUGUAGAGUGUAACGUGCUUUUUUGGUUUAGCUCAAGAGUGGACAAUCUCUGAUCCUCCAGAAGUUGUUGGACUGCGACUCCCAUCAUCCCCAUCGAGCGUAGCCAGUAUUGAGGUAUAAUGGGAGGUACGGUCCAACAAUAUUUAUGGGGAUAUAUGCUACUCGCCUCUGGCUUGCACCUUUGCAUGUAGUAUUGCAGGCAAACUUGAUGCAGAUUUCUUCUAAAAUUCCCCACCAAAUAAAUAAACUUCAUUGAAGUGGGGAUGUCUUGGAGCACAAUACUGGAGAGAUACUCUAGUUCUCUUCCUUGCCUUGAGCAAUGGAUGACAAAAUGAUAAAAGCAUUGUUUCCAAUGGCGAAGAAGACAAAAUCCUUUGUAUCUGCUUGUGUUUCACAAGCAUGCAUGUCAUUUUCACCAGAGAUGGCACUGGGAUGAAAGACAUGUGCAUGCGCACACAAUGAGACACAAUUCACCUUGGUGCAGCUACUCCACACACUUGUCUCUCUGCAUCCUUAUCUUUUGUACAAGGACUUUGGAGUGGUCUCCCUGCAUUUGCUGGGGUUAGGGUAAAGGACCCCUGUGAAUGUGGAAAAACUGCACAUAAAAAAACACUAUUCUUUUUACCUGAGAGAACACCUCUCUAGAAAUCUACAGGUCCUUCAAUGCAACUCUGUGGUCAACAUUUGCCAGAGGUUGCUCACAGAAUCAUGCUGGAGGACCUACAAAUGCCUAAAGAAGCAUUUUCUCUAGGAACUUCUAGGUUCUCUAGCACAACUCCAUGGUCAACGUCCAGCAGAAUUGUAGAAUGAUCUUGUAGCAGCAUGAGUGCUCAAAUGGAAACGAUACACCCAUGCACCCAUGAUUCGCGUCCUGAUCUGCGAAUCUGCUUUCUCUGAGGAAGAAGACUGAAGUCUACGAAAGCUCAUGCUGCCAGUUUCUUUCUUUCAGUUAGUCUCAAAUGUACUACAAUAUCUCUCUACAUACUGAUUCCACAGAUUAACAUGGCUAUAUCUUUGAAUUCCAGCAGAAUUGCACUGGGGGACCUGGAGAUUCCUAGAGAGAACACAUUUAUCAAACCCACAAAUAAUCAAAGCCACAAAGGUGGAGGACAAUUGUAUACCAUUGAGAACAAGCAGAAUUCUCUCACAUGGAGCAGUAUGGUUUCUCUUCAGCAGAUGGCAGUACUAACAUUUGCCUACUGAAAUGCCUUGCAACGGUGCAGGAGUCAUGCAGCUGUGAUGGCCUACAAAAUCUAGCGCCUGACCUUCUUACAGCGUGGUCCUUGCCUCUAUCUAGAAGAGCCUUAUUCUAUGGUUUUACUGAUCUCUUUGUAUGUUUCUGACCUUUGUGAGCCUGGCAAGUGCCUUUUAUAAUGUUAAAAUGUACAUAGAUGGAGUUCUAUAAAUCAGUCAAUAAAUAUGCUACUUUCUCCAAA